AUGGCCACCUCUGCUUACACGACGUCGUCUGACUCCGCCUCCUCUGCGAAGCUCCUCUUCCGCCAGCUCUUCGAGAAGGAGUCCUCCACGUACACUUACUUGCUCGCCGACGUCGCUCACCCCGACAAACCCGCUCUGUUGAUUGACCCGGUGGACAAGAUGGUGGAUAGGGAUAUCUCCCUUGUCAAAGAGUUGGGUUUGAAGCUAAUUUAUGCCAUGAACACUCAUGUUCAUGCUGAUCAUGUCACUGGCACUGGCCUCAUCAAGACUAAGCUUCCCGGUGUCAAAUCUAUCAUUUCGAAGGCAAGCAACUCAAAAGCAGACCGUCUGAUUGAAGCCGGUGAAAAAAUACAUUUCGGCGAUCUGUUUUUGGAGGUUCGAGCUACUCCAGGGCAUACAUUAGGUUGUGUUACCUAUGUUACAGGAGAUGGGCCUAAUCAGCCACAACCAAGGAUGGCUUUCACUGGAGAUGCUUUACUCAUACGGGGUUGUGGGAGAACUGAUUUUCAGGGUGGCAGUUCACAUCAACUGUACAAGUCAGUUCAUUCACAGAUUUUCACAUUGCCAAAGAAUACGUUGAUCUAUCCUGCUCAUGAUUACAAGGGAUUCAGUGUUAGCACUGUUGGGGAGGAGAUGCUUUAUAAUCCUCGACUCACAAAAGAUGAGGAAACAUUUCAAAAUAUCAUGGAAAAUCUAAAACUCUCAUAUCCGAAAAUGAUUGACAUAGCUGUACCUGCGAAUAUGGUUUGUGGAUUGCAAGAUUUGUCCGAAAGGCCUGUUGAGUCUGUGUCAAACUAG